GUAUCGAUUAUUUUUUGAAGAUAUGCAUUAGAGUCAAAUGAUUGACUUGUGAAUGAGAAAUUUGUUUGCAAACAAAUGUAUAAAACUGUGAUGUGCGUUAUUAUUAAUUUCUAUGCUUGUGAUGUUUUCGUAAACUAAAAUUAAUAAGAAUUAUGACGAACCAGUUGACCCGGCAUAAGCAAGAAAUCCGAAAGCAAAAUGUCUUUUAUCCCAAUAGAAUAUCUGCUGACCUAAUCCUGGGUAGUGCUAAUUUCCCAUCAAACCAUGCAUGGUCAAAAAGCAGUAUAAUUCCAAAGGUUGGUGUACUUUUUGUUGUCAUUUGCUUCCUUCUGUAUGUUUUAUGGGGAACUCUUGAUGUUACUAUUGCUGACUGCACCGAGUGCAAUUUCUCAGAUGAGACAGUACACGCUCGGCUCAACGAGUCUUAUCUUGUUUGCAACGAGGUUCCUGCUGACCAUCGAGUUUUUGUUCACGACCGCGCACUACGCGAUUAUCAAGCCUUACCUAUGAUAUAUUUUGUGACGCCCACAUAUCCUAGACGAGAGCAGAUACCUGAACUCAUUCGGUUGGCAUAUACACUACUACAUGUACCACGUAUUCAUUGGAUUCUUGCAAAUGAUCUUAAAGCAUGCAAUGCUUAUAUAGAUGGUUUACUCAAAAGAUUUGAUCUCGAGACUAAAGUCCGUUUUGCUCAUCACUCUUUUAUAUUAGGUUUACCUUUUACGCACUUGGCAAGUCCAAUGCCAGAAUUUUACCGCAGGAAAAAGCCAAUGCCUCGUGGUGUAGCCAACCGCCGGGCAGCAAUACAAUGGUUACGACAGCGAAAUAUCACAAACGGAAUUCUCUACUUUGGUGAUGAUGACAAUACAUAUGAUUUAAAGUUAUUCUCUGAAAUAAGAGAUACACAACGGGUUUCUAUGUUUCCUGUGGGACUAAUUGAAGAGUAUUCCGUAAGUGGACCAGUUGUACGAAAGGGGAAAGUGGUUGGAUUUCUAGAUUCAUGGGUAGCAGAAAGGCGUUGGCCAGUGGAUAUGGCCGGAUUUGCAACGAAUUUGGCAUAUAUGGCUGAGUAUCCAAAUGCUAGCAUGCCUUAUAAACCGGGCUAUGAAGAGGACCUUUUUCUACGUAGUAUCCGGUUAAAUUUAAAUAUAAUUGAACCUAAAGCAAAUAACUGUACAGAAAUAUUGGUUUGGCAUACACAAACGAAGAAUCGUGAGCGAACUACUCUACGUAUUAGCAACAAAUAUCUCGACGAUCGGUCAAAUCUUGGUACACUCAUAAAAUCAUUGGAUGUAAUGGGGAUUGCGAACUCUUCGGAUAACGAAGGACGAAGGGCUGUUAUUAGUAAAAAUGGAAAAGCUAAACCAUUAAGCUACUUUUUAAGUUGAAAUUUAAAAAAUGUGUAUUAUAUAAGUAUAUAGUACGUUUUGCAAUCUGUUCUGGUAUAAAAACAAGAAAAGUCUCUGGGCAACAA